AACUUGAUUAACUUACACAAUAACAUUCCCGGCAACGAGAUUUGACGUGUAGGUAUGAUAACAGAGGUAGAACUAGUGAUAUGCUAGUGUCUUAAUAAUAAGGUAUCUCGUUUCAUCCUCUGAUUGCUAAUGAAUCUUAAAAUUAGGGACAGGUGAUCAGGUCAUACUUGAUUGAAACAGAUUUGUUACCAUAUGUAGGUACCUAACGAGUGAUACUAUUCGCGGAUACCUGUAGCAAGUGAUGACAUUUACUACUACUAGAUCUUAGCGUGUAAGUGCCUAUUCUCCAACGCUGUUUACUCUAAACUUUCAUAGUUCUAGGGAGUGCUAGGCACUAAAGACGCUAAAAGUUUGCGCUUCCCAAAUGCCUAUCUGCAGCUGGUACGAGGUAAAUUGGGGGCGUGGUGAGGUCAUCGACUUCGAUAUAUAUGCGAGCACGAAUCAUGAGCUGUAAGAACAAGACAAGCAAGGUGUAUGAUGGCUUACUGACCUAGAUAAUAUCUAAUGUUCUUUCCUUUAUCAAUAUUAUCAUUACUUGGUUCAUCUGCUUAUCGGAGUCUCAUCUGUUCUAUAUUCACAAGAAUAUUUCAUUAUUCCAAACACAUAGCUGCCAGAAUAGGGGAAAUUAAUUUGACCCAAGGCUGUGUAAAACAUAUUUCUACUUGAAUAAUACGCAACGCAAUAUGCCUGAGACGCUACGAGAGAAAGCAACCAAAAAGUUACAAGGCCCCAACGCCAACCCAAGCCAACUCGGUGACCCCAUCAGCAUCAAGGCAGAGCAAAGUGAUACUAUGCCAACUAAGCAGGAAGAGGGUGCUACUAAUGCUUCAGAGUCACCCUCUCGUGAUUCCAAACAGAGCAGCAAAAAUGGCAAGGGUAACGGGAACAGAGAUAGAGAGACCCUGAGAGAGAAAGCAGUGAAGAAGCUCCAAGGACCUGAUGCCAAUCCAAGUCAGCUAGGCGACCCGGUCAGUCUCAAGGCCGAGACAAGCGACUAUAUUCCUACUAGCGGGGAAGAGGGGGCUCGCAAGAAAGAGUCGAAGCUGUGAAUAUUGGUCCAUCUUGUAAUGGCAUAGACGCCACAUACGAUUCCAUAAUGAAAAUAAAAUAAAUCAAUGUCACCACGUAUAGUGGAUGUGUGAUUACUUACCAAGUAAAGCGUGCCUUUAAAUACCUAACAAGAAAGACGAAGACUUAUAUCGUGGUUCGUAUUAGUAAAUACCAAUGCGCUGAUGCGGUAAGCAGGCCUAUUUUAUUACCUAACACUUUAAUAGCUUAUAAUUGAAGCUUUGGAAUCAUUUCAACAAUCCGGUCCAGCAAGAUUUGUCAUGAUACUAACGGACGAACGACGCAUGAUAAAUCCGAGAUUUG